GGGGGAGGGGGCUGGGGCAGAGAAGCCGCGGCCGCCGCGGGGCUGAGGCGUUGACAUCUGGCGUCUCUGGGGGCCUUGGGACCCUCGAGCGGGCUGCGACCAAGGCCGUGUGGCCGCCGCGUGUCCUUGUGUCGGCCUCUCUCCUCUUCAUAGACUCGCAGCGUUCCCCAUGGACUCGCAUCCGGCGGCGGGGGUCUCCGGGCGCCGUGGCCCCGGCUCCCCGGAGCGAUGAGAGGAUAGGGUCGCCCGCGGCCGUCUGCCUCCCGCGUUUCGUCCGCCCCGGCGAGGAGAGCCCGGGAGGGCCGCCCGUCCGCCGCAGUCCGCGCCCGCCGCCCCGAGCCGACCACCUUCGUCCGCUCAAGAUGUGGCACAACGUCGGGCUGACCCUGCUGGUGUUCGUGGCCACGCUGCUGAUCGUGCUGCUGCUGAUGGUGUGCGGUUGGUAUUUUGUAUGGCAUCUUUUUCUAUCUAAAUUCAAGUUUCUACGGGAACUGGUGGGAGAUACAGGAUCCCAAGAAGGAGACCAUGAGCCAUCAGGGUCUGAAACUGAGGAAGACACUUCAUCUUCUCCACAUAGGAUCAGAUCUGCUCGCCAGAGGAGGGCACCUGCUGACGAAGGCCAUGGACUCCAGACAUAGUGCUUUGCUAGGGAAUGAUGAAUGGUAUUGGAAGCCCCUGUCUUUAAUGACUUGGCUUUAAGAUUUAGUAGGUGACUAAAGAACAUUUGGACUUGGAUUUUAAGUCCAGUAGAAACAAAUUUACAUAUAAGCCAUAUAAAUAUAAAGGGAAUUAAAACCAAAUUGGACAACUGCAAAUUUUAUCAUAAAGAUAAUCUUUUGCUUAUUAGCUUUCUACUUACUUUGUGGCUCUUGGGUUUUGUUUUGUUUUUGUUUUGGCACUGGUUCAAAUCUGGUAAACUUUACAGACUCGAAAAACCAUAUUUUAUUAAGCCCUUUUUUCACAUUUUUAACUUGCCUGAAAUUGGGAUGCAUCUCAUUACUUUGAACCAGAUGAUAGUCAUGUGAUUAUCCUAGCUUGUGCAUGUGUGAAUUUACAGCUUUUCAUAGCUUCAUCAUUUUAACUGAUGUGUGUAUUAUUGGUAUCGUAUGUGUCCGAUUUAAUAGGCAUUAAAAAAUGUCUCCAAAAAAAUUACACUAUGAUUCAGCAUUGAAAUGUAAAAUUACUGUAUAUGCAGAAAAGCACGGAAACAGAGCAGCAGGGCGUACAUUUGAUAUUAGUGAAGCAAAUAUUCGUUGUUGGAGGAAUGACCGCAAUUCCAAAUUUUUUUGCAAAGCAACAAUAAAAUGCUUUACUGGACCCAAGAAAGGAGAUACCCACAAGUAGAUGAAGCAGUACUACAUUUUGUCAGUGAGACACGUGCAAAAGGAUUGCCUGUCACACGCCAGGCCAUGCAAUUGAAGGCAGGAGAAAUGGCCCAAACCUUUGGAAUUGAUGAAACAAAAUUUUAAGCAACGAGAGGCUGGCGUGACCGAUUCAUGCAACGAACAGGACUAUCAUUAAGGCCUCAGACAUUUUAUCCAAAGCUCCCCUCUGACAUUAAACAGAAGACAGUGAUGCAUCCCGCAUUUUAAGAAAUGCACCGCACCAAUAGCAACGUUGUAUGGAAAAGUGCAGACCUCGAGGGCUGUGAUUUGAAAGGUGAUACAGAGGAGUUGAACUCAGAAUACGAAGUUACAGUUAUAACUUAACCACUUUAUUUUACAUGUUUUCUUUACAUAUACACAAGAUUGAUGUGAUAAAAAAUCUGUUUUAAAGUGUUGCUUUAAUACAUGUAAAAUAAACAUUUUCUGUGAUACGAAAGCAUUAUGUUAUAGUUUAAUGGGAAGUUUUUUUCUUAAUACAUAGGUGCAUCUUAACAAUAGAUGUUAUCUUAGAUUAAAUGAAAAUGGUAAUUUGUAAAUUUGCCUUUCUUUCUAAGAUAGCAGUUAUUUAUUGGAGAACGUAAGUCUGACUCUCAUAAUGUUAAUAUCAUUAUCUUCUAUGAAAUACAUCUUUUGGGGAUAACGUGUUCAGCAUUUUAGAGUUGUAACUUAGAGGAGUCUUAAGAACUAUCUUCUACUUUAGGAAGAGAUGGAUUAGUUCCUCCCUUUGUAUGGGAGGACUUUAUGCUUAAAGCAGGUGUCGUGAAGCAAAUACUUCACAAACAACUCAGUGAAAAGACCUCAAAGGUACUGGCUAUUGCGGAAAAGUAUAGACAGUGGGUGAAAAUACCCAUUUACCUGUAAAAUGACUCUUGCCAGAUUUCUCUGUUUGUCUUAACUGAACUCUGGACUGAGUAUUUACUAGGGAGGAGCGACAUGGCUUAAAAAACCCUCCUGUUCAGUGUUAUUUGCUUCAUCCAAAAGUGAACUCUAAAGCCAACUUACUCAUUGAAGUCUUUCUAUGUUUAAAAUCUUUGUUUCUCAAGAAUAAGUCAUCACAAGAUAUCACCUCUAUUUUAUGAUGGUGUGUAACUGUGUUUGAUACCUCAUAAUUUAUGCUAAUAGUUCUGUUUAUUAACAGUUCACUAGCUCUACCCCAAGUUUAUUACCAAUGAACACUUCUUUGCUGUUAUUGUAGCUCUUUGGGUAUGCUAAAGGGAAUUCACAGAACAUAACUUUAGUCUAAUAUUUUGAUAGGGCAAGAUUUCCCAGCAGCUGAGACUAGGGUAAAGUCUGUCUUCUUUUCCUUAUUGGAUUCAGUUUUCCUUUUUUAUGUGACGAUACGGUGUGACAAAAUAGUGACAAAGUGACAAGCAUUAAUUUUAAUGUUUUAUACUAGUGAAAUAUCACAUUAAAACAAUUUUCAGUUAGAAAAACAUGAUGCUCUAAAAGCUUUUUGAUACUGGGAGGAUAUUUAAAUUAGAUUUCUCAUAGUUCAAUGUUUCAAACUAUGAAUUCAGCUUUAUUGUGGAUAUCUAAGGUUUAGAUAAUAGUUAAAAAGAACUCGAAGUAGUUGGUGAACUUCCUGUUGUAUCAGUAUUAAGGAAUGAGGGCUGAUGUAACCUUCCCCCCAGAAUCUACAAAGGGAUAUGCCCAAAUUAAUACAAAUUAAUCCAUGUAAAGGAAUACAUGUUGGCAUUUAUUGACAUUUAUGCUUCAAGCUUGUCUUACUUUAUAGAAUUUUGAGAAAUAUUUUCCUUAACUUGAGAAAUACACCUAAAAGCUUAUCAAUAGCUCAUACUAUGUUCUAACUCAUUUUAGGAGAGUAAAGAUGAGUCACUGUUGCCAAUAGGAAGGUCCUACAAACUAAUCUUUUAAAAAUUCUUUUCUUACCCUGCAUUCCACAGCAUACUUACCAUAGUAUAUAUUUCUAUAUACUAUGAGAAAAGAGAAAAUGUUAAUGCAGAAAUUAUGUUGUAUAGUUUUUCUGUUUUUUUUUUUUUUCUGUUAUAAUGUUUGUAGAUAAACUUAACUAGAAUGGCGUCAUACCUUUUUUUUUGUUUUCUUAAUCUCUCAGUGGAAGGUGAACUAGCCUGUGGUUAAUUUUAAAGUUUAAACUGUUAUAAGCAUUCAGAACACAUAAAAAUAUUACAGUUUUAUCUGAGCAGCCCUUCAAAGAUUGAUAGUGAUCAAAUAUGCCAUCUCUUGAAAAUUAUUUCUACAAUUGAGAAUUCUGGUAGGUUGGUUUGUUUCUCUUCCAGAUCUUUCAUUUACUUCUGAUACAUUUUAUGAAAAUUGCCUGUACCAGUUGUUUUGGUAACGUUCAGAUUUAAAUGCCAAAACCACUCAAUAUUUUAGCACUGUUCCAUGAGGUUUUUAAUAUUUACAUCAAACAAAAUAUAGCAUGCACUUAGUGAAGUUUUGUAAUGAUCUUUUUCAGAGUGGAAACACAUACUUUGUUACUGAUGUGUUGGCUUUAAAUAUUAGGUUAAAAACCAUGACAAAAGGUUCUUUGGCUGAAAGUUUGGGAUAUAUAUAUAUGUAUUCCAAAGUUUGGGAUAUAUAUAUAUGUGUGUGUGUGUGUGUAUAUAUAUAUAUAUAUAUAUAUAUAUAUUCCAACACACACAGUGGGUUCAUAAAAUUUGGCAUUUUAAAUCAAAAUGUAUUAUAACAUGAGAGUAGUGCAUUUUUACUUUUAAGAGCAACAACUUUUGUAAUUAUUUUGCGUCAACAAUGCUAUCUUUUUAAAUGUCAGUUUUACUCAAAAGAUUAGUUUUGAUGUUAUAUGCAACCAAUGUACCUUUAGCUUUUGACUGGUAAACUUCAAGUGCUUUUAAAUUUGAGGUUGACUUUAAAAGCCAGUGAACCAUUCUCAAAAGUGAUACAGACUCAUAGGAGACAAGUACAACAGAGUUCUGUUACAGAGUCUAGAAUUUAAAGUAUCUUGUAUUGUUUGCUUCUAAAGUGUCCUCUGAUUUUUAACUUAAGGCAUUAAAAAUAACAUAUAUUAAUACAAGUUACAUUCUCCAUUUGUUGGUGUGUGUGUGUGUGCUACCUGUUUAUCGGGAAUGUUUAGCAUUGACGCGCUAAGUCAGUUCUAUGCAUAACCAAAUACUGCUGCUGUGUUUUCUUAAAGGAAACAUUGUGUGCUGUGCUAUGAUGCUUGGUCAUCUGCUGCUUGACAAAUAGGUUUAUAAUGAAUCCGGAUCGUGUGUGUUAAUGGUACCUUUGUUUCGUAAGAUGUAAAAUUGAAGAUGAGGAAUGUGUGUAAAUGAUCAUUCACUGUUUUCGGUUUCAGACUUGGUCACUACUAUAUAUCUAAAGCUUCUGUGGUUUGUCUGUAUGAUGUUUUAACUUCCACUCUAAACUGCACAGAAUAAAUUCAAAAUAAAAA